AUGGCCCUUUUGCAAGUGACUGUCACUGAAAAGUCGGCAAGACCGUCUGGGAAUCUGAAGCCUAUCGCUUCCCCAUUCACGUCUCGCUAUGAUAGCACAAGCAGUGUCAUCCCGAGCCACAGCACUAUUUCGCCGGGAUUCUGCAGCUUUGCAAAAGAGGCGGGGCCAUGUCACCUGCCUCCCGGUUGGUCCACCUACACACAUCCCGAAGGAAAAGUCUAUUUUGUCUGCCAGACAUCUCUUAGGAUCGUGACCGAGGUGCAACUGUACGAUCCCGAUGUACAGGAAAAAAUUCAAUACUGGAUAGCGAUCUUCAAUGAUCGCUUGACGGCGAGUGCGGUCCAACUGCCAGAGUCCACCGAACUCUUCCUGGAGCUGGAUGACGCAGCCGAAUCGUGCCUUUAUUACCUCGUUGAUUACAACACCCGAGUUGAAUUCUGGAUCGAGAAAGUGUCAGCGGAGGAUCUCAACCUGCCGCCUGCAGCCUCAGAUUCACAUAUGCGGCUGGCAUUAGAAGAGCACUACUGGGUCCAUAUCGAUCGUUUCCCAUGCCAUCGAUGCGAGGAAGUCAAGCUGAUGAGGGAUGAGCUCAUAAGCAUAUUUAUUCAUGCUAGAGCUGAUCAUAUGACGUCUGCCUUUUCAACGUUCCCAUACACUGCGACACAGUGCGCGGAAUUUAUAGACCUGCUGAAUUCAGUUCAAUGCUGUAUCGUUAGUGCGUAUUCUGUAUCCAUAAUUGCCCGCCUCUGGGCCUUUGUCUCCCACAAUCGUUUCGCGACCCAUUACGGCCAGGAGCAUGCUCGGCUGAGCAGAGACCAGUCUAUUCUUCGCGAACCUGUUAUCAACGAAACUUGGUGGUUCCGUCUAGCUUCUCGCCUUAUGUUCAGAUUGCCCGAUGGUGAUCUGCAGAAACUGAACGAUUUGAACGUUGAUAAUUUGGUAUAUGUGGAGCCAUGGAAACAGUCUAUGAGAACAUAUCAAGCAGACUGGAAGCUGACAUCUUUCUGGACAUUUGCGCUCUUGAUCAUGGAUGUUCUCCUUCUACUGCAACCGAGUGUCACCAGACCCGUGGUCCUCGCUUCCGUGCUCUGCUGCAAUACUGCGCUCGUGUCUGCUAUCGUGCUUCUUACUAGACACCACGGCGCUGAAGACUUCCAUGCAUCAGAUGCUGCAAACUAUCUCACGGAAGUAAAGCGGGAGACCUCAGGCUACCAGUGGACCGCACUGGCCUUCAGUCUUCCCAGGGCCCUGUUCUUCUGGGCGCUAGGAGCGUUCUCGUUCCAGGGCGUUCUGUGGCUCAUGGAUGCAACCAACAUUUACGUGGUCGGUAUCUUGCUGGCUGGGUUUAUGACGAUGGGGAUGGAUGGAUGCCUCGAAACACGGCCAUGA